ACCGAACCGCACCGCACCGGUCCGUACCGGUACAGUACCAUAACAGCUUUGUCAGCUUUUACGAAAGCAAACAACACCAAACAUCGAAGAAGACCAAACCACAACAGGCAACAUGGCUCCAUCAAAAAGACAAAGAGCUGUCCACGAGGCUGACGAGGAAGACGAAGAAGAAGAAGAAGAAUGGGAAGAACAAGACGAGGAUGAGGAUGAUGAGGACUUUGAUGAUGACAGCGAAGAGAGCGACGGGGACAAUGAAGCCGUAUUGCAGCGCAGUCUGUUGUGGUUGUGUCAAGAAGGUCAGAUCCAGUUGGCGCAUCGUCGCUUCGAUCAUUUGAUGGCUGACAAAGAACAACAACUGCAAUUGCAACGAGAAGUAUUUCAAGUGAGUCGCGACAAGACAACGGCGUUGACAGAGAUAUUAAUGGGUGGAACCAGCGAUCGCAACGCGUUUGUCUUGACCACCAAGUUGCUCGCCUUUUCGUCACGACAGUAUCCCCAAAAACUGCGUCACAUUCUUUCACUCCAACCCCACGCCGCCAAUUCCCGUACGGCAUUGCAUUGGGCUUGUUGGGGAAAUGCAAGGAUGGAAAUUUUGAAGCCACUGGUGGAAUCCUUCCCGGAAGCCUUAUUGCUCCGCGAUGCUCCUCGCAGUGGCAAACGAACACCCGCCGAAAUGUUUCAACACUAUCACGGAUCUUCCACCGAGACGGCGCAAGAUGAUUGGCAAGUGGAUGAUGUGAAUGGCACAGCAGCAGCAACAAUCCGACAUACCAACAGUCAAGAUCGACUCCAAUUCCUACAGCAUCAAACCAAACGAUGGAUUCAACACAGACUGCGAAAUGCCAUUUAUCUCUCCAUGCUACACUAUUUUCAUGACAACAACAACAAUACUAAUAAGGAUUCAUUGACGCCCUUUGACGAAACGGAUCGCAAACAAAGAGCCAACAAAAUGAGACCCAAACAGUGGUUCAUACUCAGUGUCUUGGGCAGCUUGGUACAACGAGAAAUGAAACCAUUGGCGUGGCACAUUCUCGGUUUUGUAGGGGGCACCGCCAGGGCUAGUGCUAUUACCAAACGGAAACGAAAGGCUGUCUCCUCAAAACAACCACAACAACAACAAUCCACUGCUACGAACCACAACAAAAAGUCUGUAUCCACUGCUGCUGCAUCCAGAAGAAAGAAACAGCGCGACUGA